AUCUUCUCAAUGAAGAUUGGAGCAGAUCAUUUAUAAACGAAAUGACACAAGAACAAAAGGAAGGAAGGAAGGAAGGAAGAAAUUUGGACAUGGAGUACAUUUCAGAUUUCUCUUCUCGAUAACUUCAUUGAUUUCUUUUUUUAUUAUUAUUGGAACAGAGUUUUUGUGUAUUUUUGGAAAAUCGAAAUCUAAUCUAUCUAUUUCCUGUCGCUCUCCUACAACCAAAAUCCAUCUCUAUAUUUCGAAGCUUUAUCACCACCCUUCAAAAAGUCUACAUGCUUUGUUUCCACUUUAGACACUCAAAUUUUCUAUUUUCACUCCCAUUUUUCUCUUAAUAGUUUCUAAAUUCUCCUCCAUAUCCCAAGCCCCUGGAUCCAAAACCCAUUUAUCCAUGAAUUUUCAGGUUUUACCUGCUGCUGCUGUACUUGUAUUUCAAUAUUUAUCUCAUUUUCACUGCAAGUUUUAUUGAAAACCCUUUUGAAUCUUGUCUUAGAAGUGUUAACUAAAAACCCAUUUCAAGAAUUCAGGUAAUUGAAUGUCAAGUUUCCUCCUUUGAUCAGGUAAUUGAAAACCCUUUAAUUUCAGUUCUUUCUGCAUCGGAUGUUGUUUUAGGUCAAGCUCUGUGUUACUCGGUCCUUGGUGUGUUAAUUAAAUUAUCCGUUUCUCAAAUUUUGCUAAUUUCACAUCCUUGCUUCAUUUCUAUCAAUUUUAGUUCAUGGGUUUCGUGUUUUAUGUACUGUUUUUUUCAUCUUCAUCACCAGUUAGGGUUUCAUCUUCAAAGUUUUCAACUUUAAUAUCAUCUGGUUAGUUGGUUUUAAGUUAUAAAAUGGAUUACAAUAGGGAUUUUUCUGGUGUAAAUGUAAUUCCAAUUACUGGUCCAGAUAGCUGGAUUUCAAAUUCCUCUGAUUCCAAUUCUGUUUGGGCCACAGAAGAUGAUUACCGUUUUUGGAAUAAUUCUGAUGGCCUUAAUGACAACACUCCUUCCAAUUCUAAUUACCAAUCCUCAGAAACACUUUCUGGUAGCGAACCACCAAAUAAGAAAUCGAAAAACAAUUCCCAGGAAUUGAAUUCAAAGAAAUCGAUUGGGAAAAUGUUUUUCAAGACCAAACUUUGCUGUAAGUUCCGGGCAGGCACAUGCCCUUACAUCACAAAUUGCAACUUUGCACACAGCAUGGAGGAGCUUCGGCGUCCACCUCCAAACUGGCAGGAGAUAGUGGCUGCGCAUGAAGAAGAGAGAGGGAACACAGUGGAUGCCAGAGAGGAAUUUCAAAUCCCAUCAAUAGUGGGAUUUGGAGCGGAGACACAGCGGUCUUAUAAAGGGAGGCAUUGUAAGAAGUUUUAUACAGAGGAAGGGUGUCCGUAUGGAGAUAAUUGCACGUUUUUGCACGAUGAGCAGUCAAAGAAUCGGGAGAGUGUGGCAAUAAGUUUGGGGCCUGGAGGGUAUGGAGGUGGUGGUGGUGGAGGUGGAGGUGGAGGAGGUGGAGGUGGAGGUGGAGGUGGAGGAGGAGGAGGUGGAGGUGGAGGUGGAGGUGGAGGAGGAGGAGGAGGAGGAGGAAAUGCAGGUAGCAAUGCAGUUAAUGUGAAGCCAUCAAAUUGGAAGACAAGAAUUUGUAACAAGUGGGAACUUACUGGAUAUUGCCCAUUUGGGAAUAAGUGUCACUUUGCUCAUGGAGUAGGAGAGUUACACCGUUACGGUGGAGGGCUUGUGGAGAUGGAUGCAAAAGAUUCUGCUUUUGUCCCUGUUGAGUCAAAGCAGGGAGGAGUGCCUUCAAAAACUCCACCAGAAACUGUGGUCGCAUCAGUUACUUCUGUGCCUAAUUCAGAUGUUUAUCACCUUGGAGUUCCGUCACAGAAAUCAUCUAUUCUUAUUCAGAGGCCUGGACAAAGAACUCAUCAGAAAUGGAAGGGUCCAGACAAAAUCAGUAGGAUAUAUGGUGACUGGAUUGAUGACAUUGAAUAGGGUCAGGUUUUUUUUUCCUGUGUAGCAUUCUGAUAGAAUUUAAAAUGUUCAAGGACACGUGCAAGAAGGUUUAAAUGGCCAAGUGCAGAGUUUGUUUUCUUGAGACUUGAAGAGAUUGGGAAGCUUCAGCCCUUAGAUUGAAGAGGUCUAUGUUUACUGGCUUGAAGUUUCAGGAUGAUCCCUUGCUCAUUGGAAUGUCAAACCCGUAGUGUUUAUGCAUGAAUUUGAGUUUCCAGUGUGGAAAUUUGAAGCUUGUACUGCAUUUAUAGUGUUGAUCUUUGUAGUGAAGUAUGAUAACUGGAUGUCUCGUAUCCAAGGAGAUCUGUUGUCUUUGUAGUUGUACCACUUUGGAUUAAUUUCCCAAUUUAAUAUUUAGCUCC